AAUAAAAGCCGUCCUCAUUCUAGAGGAGAAUAUAAUGUUUACAGUACCUUUCAGAGUCAUGAACCUGAGUUUGACUACUUGAAAAGUCUAGAAAUUGAGGAAAAAAUAAAUAAAAUUAGGUGGUUGCCGCAACAGAAUGCUGCUCAUUUCCUGCUGUCUACAAAUGAUAAAACUAUUAAAUUAUGGAAAAUAAGUGAAAGGGAUAAAAGAGCCGAAGGUUAUAAUUUAAAAGAUGAAGAUGGAAGACUUAGGGAUCCUUUCAGAAUCACAGCGCUACGGGUGCCGAUAUUGAAACCCAUGGACCUAAUGGUAGAAGCAAGUCCCAGAAGGAUAUUUGCAAAUGCACAUACUUACCACAUAAACUCUAUUUCAGUAAAUAGUGAUCAUGAAACAUACCUUUCUGCAGAUGACCUAAGAAUUAACCUAUGGCAUUUAGAAAUCACAGAUAGAAGUUUUAAUAUUGUAGAUAUUAAGCCUGCUAACAUGGAGGAGCUGACAGAAGUGAUCACUGCCGCGGAGUUCCACCCUCACCACUGUAACGUGUUUGUCUACAGCAGCAGCAAAGGAACUAUUCGACUCUGUGACAUGCGUUCUUCGGCUCUCUGUGACAGGCAUUCAAAAUUUUUUGAAGAACCUGAAGAUCCUAGCAGCAGAUCAUUUUUUUCAGAAAUAAUAUCGUCGAUAUCUGAUGUGAAAUUCAGUCACAGUGGUCGAUACAUGAUGACGAGAGACUACCUUUCAGUUAAAGUGUGGGAUCUCAAUAUGGAAAACAGGCCUGUAGAGACAUAUCAAGUUCAUGAGUAUCUUCGAAGCAAGCUUUGUUCCCUUUAUGAAAAUGACUGCAUCUUUGACAAGUUUGAAUGCUGCUGGAACGGUUCUGACAGCCCCAUCAUGACUGGCUCCUACAACAACUUCUUCCGAAUGUUUGACCGGAACACGCGGCGAGACAUCACCCUGGAAGCGUCCCGGGAGAGCAGCAAGCCUCGUGCCAUCCUGAAGCCGCGCAAAGUGUGCACGGGUGGCAAAAGAAAGAAGGAUGAGAUAAGCGUUGACAGUCUGGACUUCAACAAGAAGAUUCUGCAUACAGCGUGGCAUCCCAUGGAGAACAUCAUCGCCGUAGCGGCCACCAAUAAUUUGUAUAUAUUCCAGGACAAAAUUAACUAAAGAUGACUUACCUGCAGACAGAGUCGUCGUCUUGCAUAGUUAAGCUCAGUUGUUUUCUGUAAAAGAGAAGGCCUUGUUGUCCUGCGAGUGAAGAACAUUGAUGCACUUACUUCCCUUUAGAUAAAGGAGAGAAUCUGGCCUGGGUCUUGAGCACGUGGGGCAGUUCUGCCUGCGGGAGGGCAGGGGGAGCGUUGCGGUUUGCUGAGAGAAACCCUCUGGAAGCAGAACUGGUGGACACUGCUCAAUAAGGCCAAGACUCAAAGCAAAUGUAUUUAUUUAAGUCUGAGCCUUCCUUUCCAGUUUAUAGACCAAAAAUUUAACACCCAAGAAGAAAAAUUGUCAUAAAAAUGUAAUUUCUAUCUCUCGCGCUCUUUCUCUGCUGUAAUAUUUGGGCCUUUUGAAACAUAUAUUGUGCUUAAUGCCUGUAAACAUUCCUCCUCUGGCCUGUAUCUAGGCUUAGGUGUUUUUACCUUUGAGCACUUAAGUAGGUCUUGAGUUGGGUUCAUAGACAGGUUUCCAGGAAUAUUUACUCACCAACUGUAUCUCUAAGCACACCUUCUGGUGUAAACCACUUAAUAAAAUUACAAGCUAUAAAAAGUGUUUUUAAAUCUGAAGGUAUGUAUUCAGUCUUUUUAUUUUUUUAUUGCAUGUACUGAAAUUGUGCAGAAUAAUUCUCAUGGGAAGAUUUGACAAUGUUUGUCCCAAAACACUGAUUUUUAGUAGACUAAUUGAACUACUUUGUGUAGUAUUUCAAAAUCUAAAUUUAGUUUCCAUAAAAUUGUCACACAGUUUAAGUUGCACUGUUUUUGUCAAAUGCCAUCUGCGUACCAAAUAGGAGUUUGAAAAGGUUAGUAUAAAGAUGUGCACAGCCUUAAUAGACAGUGAUCG